AGAGUGGAUCCUGCUUGGCAAGAAGUUGUCCUCAACCACUAGACCAAUGCCUCAUUGACAAAAAUUUGGCUAAAUGUUAAGUUGAAUCCUGCUCAACAAGACUGUCCACACCAUUUUCUCCAAAAACAACUCAAAAAUUUAGUUCAAGCAUAGGAGAGUACAGAAAUAUUUCAUUCCACAUAAUAUUGUACUUGCACACAAUGAUUUCAUGUUAUCUUUGUGACUCAUUCUCAUCUUGCAGGAACCUUUAAGAUUCAUACUAGCUGCUGGAACAGGAACUCUUUUCUUCGUGUCUUUGAUUCUUUUAAGAAUUUAUCUGGGUUGGAGUUAUGUUGGUGACAGACUUCUAUCAGCUGUGGUACCAUAUGAAGAAAGUGGAUGGUAUGAUGGUCAGAUGUGGGUAAAGCCACCUGAGAUCCUGGCUCGUGAUAGACUGUUGGGCUCAUAUAAGUGUUUUCUCUCACAUACAAGUGGGGUGGGGGAAGAGAGAGGGAGAGAGGUACCUUGAUGUAAGUAACAAUAUGCUUCACACUUGAAGCAACUAGAUUCAAAACCAUGCCUGAUAGAUAUCCUGCAUGCUUCUUUGGUCUUUUCAACAUUUUGUGGUUUAUGAUUCAUCAGCUUCUCAAACAUACAAAAUAUUCAUAUUGAAGACUAAUGCCUUCAGGUUAAACCUGUCGUCAAGUUGCUGAAACAGACACUAGUUGGAACAGGAGCCUUGCUUGUUUCUGGAGUAUUGCUAUUUAUUUUUGCCACACCAGUAGAGAAAUUCUUCAGGACUACCUUUGCCACAGAAGGGACACCAGCAAACAUGCAAGCUUCAAAAACAAACACAAAGUUCAACAUAAGAAAAGAGGAGUUGCUUAAACUGCCAGUGGAGGUUAUGACAGAUGAUGAACUAGCAGAAGCUGCAGCAGAGGCUGCUGAUGGAAGACCAGUCUACUGCAGGGACAGAUUUUACCGGGCAUUAGCAGGAGGGCAGUACUGCAAAUGGGAAGACCUGCUUAAAUAAUUAGAUUCUAGAAUCUAGACUUGGGUUAGGAUGGGGAAAAGAGGCAUGAAUCAUUUUGAAUUGACACUGUCGAAUUACUGUUAGCCAUCAUUUUAUACCAUUUAGAAAGUAUGAAGAAAUGAAAAGAAUGAAAUGAGAAAUAAAUU